UAACUAUACACAGCAGCCCUACCAAGGGCCCGAAUUUGGCCCAGCUCUGGAAGAAAACCCAGCUCUUUCUCAUAGGUACCUCAAUGCCGUGUCUGAGGGCAGGAACCAGAAACAUUGGGGACCCAUUCAAAAUAGGAGGAGAAGGCAGAGGAAGUGACAGGAUCAGAACAGCUGCUGGCUGGCCACCCACUCUGUCCUGGUAAGAAGGGAUAAGGAGAUUGCAUACUGGGUAAGAAAAUCCUCUCACCUCCAGCUCAGGGCUGUAAUCCUGGGCCUCUGCUCCUCUAAGCUUUGUUCUAUUUUCACUCCUCUUCCCAGGGAGUAGGUCUCCAUUGGCUGCCAGGAUUUAGUGGGGACUUUUAACGUGAGUUCUCCAGCAGCCCCUGGAUUUGGGUGUAGUUUUGCACAGCCCCCAUUACCUUCUCCCUUCUGCUCGUUUCCUCCUAUCAUUUCCCUGCACUUUUUGAUUCACCAGGCCCUCCCUCGCUCAGAUCUGCGGGACUCAGGCCUGUGGGAGAGGAGGGCCCAGUGUUAGGAAGCCCAGGUGCGAGGCCCGGGUGCGAGGAGCAGCAGGGAAAAAAGAACCGGUCCGUCUGGGGCAUCAGCCUCCCGUGGGCCUGAGCGAUGGGGAACAUUAUAGACGGUAAGUCGGUGGAGGAGCUGAGCAGCACCGAGUGCCACCAGUGGUACAAGAAGUUCAUGACCGAGUGCCCCUCCGGCCAGCUCACCUUCUACGAGUUCCGCCAGUUCUUCGGCCUCAAGAACCUGAGCCCGUGGGCCAGCCAGUACGUGGAGCAGAUGUUUGAGACCUUUGACUUCAACAAAGACGGCUACAUCGACUUCAUGGAGUACGUGGCGGCGCUGAGUCUUGUCCUCAAGGGGAAGGUGGAACAGAAGCUGCGCUGGUACUUCAAGCUCUACGACGUGGACGGCAACGGAUGCAUCGACCGCGACGAGCUUCUCACCAUCAUCCGGGCCAUCCGAACCAUUAACCCCUGCAGCGACUCGACCAUGACCGCAGAGGAGUUCACCGAUACAGUGUUCUCCAAGAUUGACGUCAAUGGGGAUGGGGAACUCUCCCUGGAGGAGUUCAUGGAGGGCGUCCAGAAGGACAAGAUGCUCUUGGACACGCUAACCCGAAGCCUGGACCUUACCCGCAUUGUGCGCAGGCUCCAGAAUGGAGAGCAGGAUGAGGAGGGAGCUGGUGGCAGGGAAAGUGAGGCAGCGGAAGCAGCCGGCUGAGCCCACCGCCCUGCUGUUUCUGUAUUGGGGACGGGUGUGUGGUGGUGCCUGGUGUCUGGUUGUUUUAAUACUAGAUGGAGUCUUCUGAACUCAGAGGCUCAGCUCACCUGCUUGGGGCACAUGGUGGCAGCAGAGAGGCAGGGGUGGGGAUUCAGAGCAGGGGACAGGGAAGGAGGGUUCCUGAACUCUCUGUGCGACUCAGCUGGUGGUGACCGCUCCCUGCUGGGGGAAGCCUUCAACCUUCCUCAGGCUCCUCCCCAGCCCCUUCUGGCCCCUCCCCCAGCUUUUACCAGCUCUUCCACUGAGCUUCUCCAGUUCCACGCUCUUCUGGACAGAGAAGCUUUGAUGCAGAGGUGGGCUUUCCCGGGACUCUAAUGGGAUCACACAGAUCUGGUGGCUGCAGCCUCCAUCUGGGUGCUGUAUCACACACCCAUCCUGCCCCCAGCAUCCCAGAGUGUACUUGUGUGGUCUGUGUUGAUUCGUUCCUCCCUUCAACAAGCAUUUAUCGAACACCUACUUUGUAUUAAUGCUAGAUGUUAGACGUGCAAAGAAGAUGACAGUUCUCAUCUUCAAAGAACUCACAGGCCAAG